UGAGUCCUCUCUAUGAACAAUGGCAGCCUGAACUCAUGAAAGAGAUCAUUUUGUUUAUGUUAACAGGCUUCCUUUGCCAGGGUAACUACUCCUUAGGUGCUCACAAAAGAAGAGGAACUUCUCUCACUCUCAUUCCGUCUCUCUGCUCUUCCUUCUCCAAAGCACAUCUGGGUGCUGCCUGGAGCCCAGGUCCGGCUUGAAACCUAUGAAUACUUGCCAAGUAUAAAAGCUUCUCAUGAAUAAGAUGGAUCCGGGGGCAUCCUCCCCAGAGAAGCAGGGUAAAGAGAAUUUAGUGGGCAUCAAGAGUAAAGGGCUUGGUGUGUGUGGCUGGAUCCCGUCUUCGUUUUCUUUCCUGUUGAUGAUCAUUACCUUCCCUACCUCCACGUGGAUGUGCUUGAAGACCAUUAAGGAGUAUGAACGUGCCGUUCUGUCCCAACUGGGACACAUCCAAGCUGACAAAGCCAAAGGGCCAGGUAUGACACUUUUGAUCCUGGUCCUGCCUUGCACAGACGUGUCUGUCAAAGUUGAUCUCUGGACCGUUACGUGCGACAUCCCUCCACAGGAGAUCCUCACCAGAGACUCUGUGACCACUCAAGUGGAUGGAGUGGUCUCUUACAGAAUCUACAGUGCCGUCUCGGCAGUGGCUAAUGUCAACCAAGCCACAUUUCUGCUGGCUCAGACCACUCUGAGAGAUGUCUUAGGGACACAGACCUUGUCCCAAAUCUUCGCUGGCCGAGAAGAGAUUGCCCAUAGCAUCCAGACUUUACUGGAUGAUGCCACCAAGCCGGGGGUCCAGGUGGCCCAAGUGGAAAUCAAAGACGUCCGGAUUCCCGGGCAGUUGCAGAGGUCCGUGGCUGCUGAGGCCGAGGCCACCCGGGAGGCCAGGGCCAGGGUCCUUGCUGCAGAAGGAGAAAUGAAUGCUUCUAAAGGCCUGAAGUCAGCCUCCAUGGUGCUGGCUGAGUCCCCAAUCACCCUACAGCUGCAUUACCUGCAGACCUUAACCACUGUCGCCACAGAGAAGAAUUCCACCAUUGUGUUUCCUCUGCCCAUGAAUGUACUAGAGGGCAUUGGCAUCAGCUACAAUAAGCACAAGAAGGUCCCUAACAGAACCCGAGCUCCUCUUGCUGCGGCCAUUGCUUAGGGAGGCAUAU